AUGGACGCGAUUGCAGUAGAAAUGCACCUUGGUAAUUUUAAGGGACCGCAACUGGAUCUCUGGAAUUUAAAAGAGUUUUUGCAAUUGGGGCAUGACAAAAGUGGGUUUUGGCAUAUCCUAGCAGAAGGUCGUCAUGUUAGUCAAGUUAGAUCAUUGAAAAAGGGUACAUGGAACAGUAAUCAGUUAGAAUUGAUGUAUGUUUUAUAUUCGAAUGGAUCGAACAAUAUAUGGGAACAUUCGCUGUUGGAUCCUCAAACAUCGACAAAAGUUGGUAGAAAACCAAGAUCCAGUGAUCCAGUGUUUCCGAUAAAGGAAAAUUUCAUUAAAGCAAAAUAUGCUCAAAUGGCAUUUACAAUACGACCUGCAAAAGAUGAUUGUUUGAUAAGUCAAGAAGAUUUAAAUCGUCAGCUAUGGUCUUGCGUAAGAACUGCUCAUGUAGAAACGACAUUAAGAUUAUUGGCCCUUGGUGCGGACCCAAAUUAUGCAGAUCCAGAAAAAAAAAAUGCUCCACUACAUAUAUCUGCAAAAGAAGGGCAAUCAUUACAGGUAGAACUAUUAUGGAUUUAUGGUGCUGAUGCUGGGCAGCUUAAUGCUGCUGAUCUUACACCAUCUCAAGUAGCGAAAUUGGAGAAUCAUAAUGAUCUGUCAGCAAGACUGGAAGAAUUACAAUUCGAAGUGACCAAUAGACUAAGCAUGUAUCUUUGUGGCAGGCGUCCAGAUCAUUCUAAGGAGCAGUAUUUUCUGAUUCCUGAUUUGGUAGGAGGCAGCGAUGAUUCGACAACUUUUAAACGAUCACAGCAACAACUUUGUGCUGCAUCUUGUUCUCAAUUUGAGCGAUUAGUACAGGAUGUUUAUGAUGAGGUGGAUAGGAGGGAAACAGCUACUGCGUGGAAUGUGACGAUGCAAGGAAUGCAUAAUUCACACUUAGGCAAUGAUCAGUGCAUUGCUGUGUUUUUACCGCCGAAUCCAGAUUUUUCUGCGACUCGUAAUCAGCUGAGACAAAAACUCGCUAAAUUCACUUCUAGAGAUUUUGCUAUUCUAAUUAUCGACAUUUUAAAUGAAGCGAAGCGUCGAUAUUUCGGUCUACCGAACAAAAAUGAUGACAGUUUCAUGAAUAAAACAGGACCUGAUGAAUUGAAUCUCACAUCUGAUGAUUCCGAAUUUAUAAUGACUAAAAGUGAUGGAGGUACUAGAGAUUAUGAUGAAGUGGCGGAUAGUCCACAAGGCAAACGACAGCGAUCUGAAAGUGUUCGAAGAUUAUCUGAAAGGAAAAGUGGACUUAGUGAUAGUAUAUUGCAAGCCAUUGGAAACGUCUCGAUGGAUGACUAUCUUUACUUAAAAGAAAAAGUAUUAACAACCGAAUCGAGUAUUGCUUCAUUAGAAAAAGGAAAUGCGCAUAUUUUAAGAAUAUUAUCAGAUUUACAAUCGAAUAUUGAUCGCAUUAAUACAGAUAACAUUGAUUUACACUUGGCCAUUAAAAAAUUACUGGAGAAGCCGGUAAUUAUCAGUAUUCAGAUAUCUAUUAGAAUUAAGAAAAACUUUGAUAAUUUCACUAAUAUACAUGAAAAGCAAUAUAAAAAAAAAUUACCAUGUGGAACACCUGAUGCAUAA